AGUGGGGGGUCAUUACAGAAACUGUUUCCUUGACUAAAGUAGUCCCAUUUAAGCCCCGCCACUACCGUCCGGAACAUCUACCAAAAGACUCAUUGAAUGAGAAGCAAACCUUUUUCAACUUUUAGCCUACCACGUGACUAUCACAUCUUCUAUCUGGACUCCGCAAGCUGCCCUGGUAAUUGUAUCACAAAACCGAGGAGCUUGUGCAAACUGGUGCGCGUGAAAAAGAUAACUAACGCCGAAGAUGGAUGUUGUGCACUUUUCCAUUGGUAGUAUCUUGUCGAUUGUUCUUCAAGUGCUACUGUUGUCUUCCUCAUAUGGUUCGUUGGAGCCCUACGACCUUUUAUACAACAAUGCCGUCGAAGCCUUUUACCGAAGUGACUAUAAAGAUGUGGUGCGACACAUGGAGGGUGCGCUCAGAAGCUACGCAGAAGUCCGCCAGACUAAAGUCCGAUGUCGGCUGAGAUGCCAGAGCCAGCACCCGUUUGAUUCCGUCUCCAUGGACCUGCAGUUCUUUGACGUGGUUCUCCGAAGAUCCAAUUGUCAGAACGAGUGCAUUGAAGAGAAAGUUGGAACACAGUCCAUGCACAAAGUCAGCGAGGAUGUCAUCCAGGAUUUCCUCAGACGAAUCCCGUACAACUAUCUUCAGUUGGCUUAUCAGAAGUUGAAACAGUUGGACAAGGCAGCGGCGGCAGCCCACACCUAUUUCCAGGCAAACCCGGAGAGUGUGGAGAUGGAUCAGAACCUGGAGCAAUACAAGGCUCUGGAGGGCACCAACCUGGACCACUUUGUGGACAGAGAGGCACGGCCACAUCAGAGGUCCUUCUCAGCAGGGGUGAAGCUGUAUGACAAUGCAAACUAUGAGGAGGCCAUCUCCCUGUUCGAGGAGGCCCUCCAGGAGUACUACAGGGCUGACAUGGAAUGUCGGGCCCUCUGCCAGGGGCCCCAGAGGUUCGAGGAGCAGGACCAUGUCCUCUACCGCUACAGCCUCUACCAACUGGUCUCAGACCACUUCACCCAGGUGCUGCACUGUGAACACGAGUGUGUUAGAGACCUGUCCACCCGGCCCGGUCGUCUGUCUCCCAUGGAGAACUACCUGCCUCUACACUACGACUACCUGCAGUUUGCCUACUACCAGCUUAACAUGGUUGAGGAGGCCUUGGAGUGUGCCCAGUCCUACCUGCUGUUCCACGAGGGGGACGAGUUUAUGACAGAGAACGUGGAGUACUAUCGAGAGGCUAUAGGUCACGACCUCAAACCCCGGGAGAAGGCUGAGUGGUACCUGCGGCGCCAUGAGCAGGAGCUGGAGCUACUGAUGAUCGGCAGUGAGAACAUGCACGUGGAGCUUACAGAGGGGCAUUACUGGACCAGCACAGGAGGCAGAGAGGAUUCUAACAGGAUCCCUUCUGGUACUGAUGGAUGGAUGGAGUACGUGCCCAUCUCAGAGAAGAAGAACUUCACCCUGGCCCCGCCACAGGAGCUCAGAGAAGGAGGGCCCCUGGUGUAUGACAGUGUGCAGCUGAUCCAGAACUCACAGGCUCUGAACGGAACUCAGAGGGUUCUCCUGGAUGAUGUCAUGUCUGUGGAGGAGUGCGCCGAGCUCAAAAACCUGGCCCAUACUGUCACUAUGGCAGGAGAUGGAUACAGAGGGAAGAUGUCUCCUCACACACCCAACGAGAGGUUUGAGGGAGCCACUGUGCUAAAAGCACUGCAGUACGGCUAUGAGGGCCGUGUCCCUCUGAAGAGCGCUCGUCUGUUCUAUGACGUCAGCGAGAGGGCCAGGCGCAUCAUCGAGUCUUACUUCCUGCUCAACUCAACACUUCACUUCUCCUACACACACCUGGUGUGCCGUACCGCCAUCACAGGGCAACAGGACCAUAGAAAUGACCUGAGCCAUCCCAUCCACGCUGACAACUGUCUGUUAGACCCAGAGGCCAACGAGUGCUGGAAAGAACCACCAGCCUAUACCUACAGAGACUACAGUGCUCUGUUGUACCUGAAUGGAGACUUUGAUGGCGGGGAGUUCAUCUUCACAGAAAUGGAUGCCAAAACAGUCACAGCUCAGGUGAAGCCAAAGUGUGGUCGUAUGGUGGGCUUCUCGUCUGGAGGGGAGAACCCCCAUGGGGUGAGGGCCGUCACCAGGGGGCAGAGGUGUGCCGUGGCCCUGUGGUUCACCUUGGACCCCCUCUUCAGAGAACUGGAGCGUCUACAGGCUGAUGAGGUGGUGCAGGCAUUGGACAACCAGAGCAGCCAAUCAAAGUGGGACACGAGCCUCAACAUCAACCCCAAAGAUGAGCUGUAGUAGCCAACCAACACCAAGCUCUGCAUCCCCCAAAUCUUUAUCUGUCUACCCAAAUCUUUAUCUGUCUAUUUAUUUAAUGAAGUUUGGAUCAGAACAAUUUUAUUUUUGUACUGUUUGAUGUGCAAGGUUAUAUCGUUGUUGUUCUUAGUUUUGUUGUCGUCGUGGCUUUAGUGUUGUUGUGAUUUUUAUUUCUGUAAAUACCAGUACUUGAGUUCCCAUUUGCGUCUUGGUUUUUCUCUCUAGUUACUAUCUCUGUUGGGUUGAAACCCAGUCGUUGUGCCUUACACUUUAAAUUUCCAGGUCAUUUUAUGAUGAACUUUAAAGUUCCAGGUCAUUUUGUGAUGAACUUUAAAGUUCCAGGUCAUUUUGUGAUGAACUUUAAAGUUCCAGGUGAUUUUGUGAUGAACUUUAAAGUUCCAGGUCAUUUUGUGAUGAACUUUAAAGUUCCAGGUCACUUUGUGAUGAACUUUAAAGUUCCAGGUCAUUUUGUGAUGAACUUUAAAGUUCCAGGUCACUUUGUGAUGAACUUUAAAGUUCCAGGUCACUUUGUGAUGAACUUUAAAGUUCCAGGUCAUUUUGUGAUGAACUUUAAAGUUCCAGGUCAUUUUGUGAUGAACUUUAAAGUUCCAGGUCAUUUUGUGAUGAACUUUAAAGUUCCAGGUCAUUUUGUGCUGAACUUUAAAGUUCCAGGUCAUUUUGUGAUUCAUAUACGAGGUUGUUACAAUACCACCCUGUCCUACAUACGUCCAGUUCUUACUGCACUGUGAACAAGCCAAAGAGAAGAAAGCCAGUGGACAUUGUUUCUCUCUGUUAGAAAAAAUAAAUUAAAUGUCUGUUUAUGCUUUGGUUUAUAACGUUUAAAAACAUGCACUCAUAAAACAAUAUUUCUUUCAGGCGGUAUAAACACAGUAAAUGUUUAUCUAUUUAUUCAUUGAAAUAUUGUCUUGAAUAUGCAUUUACCGAGAGAAAGAUGUCGGGCAUUAUUUUUACAAACAGGGAGCUAUAAUCCUUUUCAGUGACGGACAGUAAUGUCUGAUCUUAUCUGUCCCGACUUUAUGUGCACUUCCUGUUUGUAGUGUGAUAAAGACGUCAUCACUCGCUAGCUCUGGUCCAUGACGUUAGUGCAUCUUACUAGUGUUAGCGAGCCUUAGUAACGCCUCGGACCAGAGCUAAUCCCUCCGUUCAGUGUAAUCGAACACAGAGUAAGAUAACUGUUUACAAGUUAGCUGACAGAGUGGUGUGUAUUUUAAAGAUAGACAGCUGCUAUUGCAAUUGUUGGCAUUUGAUAUUAGAACCUUUUUAAUAAAAGAUGUCAUUUAUUCCUGUUUAAAGGAAUUAUUAUUUUAAGGUGGCGUAACAAGUGUCCUUUCCUUUCAAAACGUCCUCAUUUCAUGGGUAACAAUAGACAGGCAGGCACGCGCACUGUUAUAGUCCAAUGGAAAGAAUGUGCCUUGUGUGUACUGUGAUAUUUCAAUGAUACAACUGCUAACUAAAUGUAACUUAUCAUUUUAAGAUAAUAGAGUAGGGUUUUAGCUUAUCUUUUGAUAGGGAGGAUGGCCACUUUUGUCUAACUAAUAUUUAAAUAUGAAUUGCUGUAACACAAACAAAUUGUUGUAUCCAUCUCUUUUGUUGUAAUGUGUACUUAUAAAUUAAAAAGACAAUAUUGCAUAAAA